GAUUCUCGUUUCUUACUGUUUGUAUCAUAACUACUUAUUUAAAUAAAUUAUAGUGUUGUAAAUUAUUUUGUGAAGUGAUUACUGUUCAUGUUAGUUUGUCUUCUGCACUGCUCGCGUAUAAAGCAGUAUCUGCGAUAAACAUUAGCUAGUGAUUAUAUUGUAUUUCUAUUAGUGAAGUAAAGUUAUGAACCAUCAGUGAAAUAUUCUCGAACAGUGAUGGAUUUUGACGAGUCCUUUAUUUAUGAAAAAGAUUUCGGAGAGCCGCCGGAGUCUGAGAAGCCGACCAGCGAUGAAUACGCAGUCGCGAAAUGGCUGAAGGCGAACGUGCCCACCAAGAAAACAAAGUUUUUGAACCACCAUGUGGAGUAUUUCACAGGCACAAAGGCGGUGGACGCUCUCCUCACGUCCAAAUGGGCGACCGGCAAGAGCCCCCUGUUCACCACCAGGCUAGAGGUGACUGACUUCCUUCAUCAGAUGCUGCUGCACAAACUCUUCCACAGAGCUAAAAAGGUACCCGUCAGUGAGCAGGAACUAAAAGGCAAGUCCAAGAAAAAAGAAAUCGAGAAAGCGAGCAAGAGCGGUGACGAGAAAGAUGGAGACAAGAGCCAGGCGAGCGCCUGUGAAGGAAAGGACACAAAGGACGCUAAAGAGAAAGAGAAGAAGAAACGCAAGAUCCGAUUGGAAAUGCACAUGGAGCAACUGUUCCUGGACACGGCCGACGCGUACGUGUGGAUCUAUGACCCAAAGCCGUGGUACUACUGGCUCUGCGGCGUGCUCGUGGUGUUCGGCACCAUCACCGUCUGCAUGUUCCCGCUGUGGCCUGCUACUGUCAGAAAAGGCGUGUACUACCUGAGUAUCGCGGCGGCCGGUUUCCUCGUGAUGAUCAUCGCGCUAACCGUGCUGCGAGUGGUGGUGUUCUGCCUCGUGUGGAUCCUGACGUUGUCGCGACAUCACCUGUGGCUGCUGCCCAACCUCACCGAGGACGUUGGGUUCUUCGCGUCCUUCUGGCCUCUUUAUAAGUACGAAUACCGCGGCCCAGGAUCUGAAAGCGAUAAGGCGUCGAAAAACAAGAAGAAACGCAAGAAAGACAAACUCUCGGAUGACGAGGCGGAGAAGGCGCCGCUCCUGGAGAAACAACACGAACCCGACGACACACAGACGCUGCACAAAGACGAAGCGCAUGAGGAGGAGAGUGGUGAUGCCAAAUCAGAGCAAAUCGAGCAAGACCAAGCAGUCCCAUCAUCGGAGAAGCUUUCCGAAUCGGAAUCGGAGAACAGCCAGCGCUCGUCCACGGACAGAGACUUCGAGAUGGUGGAGCCCGACGACGUGGAGCCCGACAAGGACAACGCCACUUAGAACGGACGCGACCACGCGCACCGGGCCCGGGUACUAUAGAUGUAUGGCUAAAUAUCGAUAUUUGCGUACGGUAUGCUCAAAUUGGCCGACUGGUUAAAUUUAAUUGUUUCUGGUAGUUAUCUGUUUUUGGACUUGAUAAAGAAAAAAAAAGUUUAUAUAUUUUUUUUUUAUUAUAUUGAAAUUUUUGAUUAUUUUUAUGGAAUUUAUGGCCAGAAUACAGAAACUAUAAUAAUCUUGUAAUAAACAAGUAUUUGAAAACACAUAAAGGUUACUAUUAAUAAAAAUGUUUGUAUUUAGAUAAUUGACACGUAUUUACUGUUGUGUGUUGCCAGAAUGGUAAUUUAUUAUUAAUAUACAUGAUAUUGCGCAUAUUUAGUCAAUUUUCACGUAGAUAAAUAGAUCUGAAGUAAAACUCACUGCAUAUUAUAAACAGAUAAUCCGAAAAAAUAUUUAUCGUACAAAUUAUUUAGAAUAAAAUUUAUAUUUCAUUAUGAUAUUCUUCCUCUAUGUUUUUUCCAUUUUUUUCGUUUCUUUUCUUUAUUUUUUCUUUUAUUGUUAUCAUCUAUCACUUUAAAAAAAAAUGUUUUAACUCCGUAUUUAUUGCAUUUAUUUAGAUAGUUCAGAUAGUAAAUAGUGUUUCUAUAAAUCUCUCGUAUAAUCAAUAGUUUGGUGUAAGUACUUGGCCCGGUGCGUACGCACGAGACUGUGUGAGCUAGAUAUAAACUUAGAUAUAAAUUUAAAGUAUUUCUCUAUCGUGGGUAUUGACAUUUAUCCAAACAUUAUAUUAAUCAGUGAACGCAUCCGAUUUUAUUAUCGAUUUUGAUUAUUUUAUGUUCAAAUACAGUAACGAGCUACAUUGAUGCGUAAAGUAAUAUAAAAAUAGCUGAUUUAUCGAUAUUAUUCCAGCUAUUGUAGUUUGUCGCUUUCUACAAUAUGUUGAACACAAAUAGAGAUUGACGCAAUAAGCGAUUGAACACGGCAUAAUAUAUCUCUGUAUAUUCCAAUUUUAUCUGUAGCGACAUCUUUGUUUAUACCUUCAAUUUAGAUGCUACUAAAGCAUGCUAUUUGGUCUACCAAUUGAGUAACUGACAGGAAUGUCUUGUUAUAUUAAAUGCAAAAACUACAAGUCUGCUAACAUCCGUUUUCAAUAAACGAUCCCAAUCUCAAUCUUCAAUCCGAUUCCGAGAAUGAACCAAUCAAAAUGACAAUUGUACGCAUGUCGAAAAACCUUUGUUCUGAUUGGUCCAUUUUUAAAAUAGAUCGAAAAUAACGAUUCGAUUAUUGAAAAUGGCGGUUGGUAGCAUGUGUAUUGCAGAGUAACGAUUUAGACGAAUUGUAUUUAUUGUAUUUAAUGGGUUGUGUUGUCGACCCGCCAUGUGUUUUUAUGUGAUUUGUUUGUUUUGUACAUUGGGUAUCGUGAUUUAUAACGUGGUGACCGAUUUUGAAAAAAAAAAACUUUUUUUAUUUCGUUUUUUUACAGCCAUUGCGAAAGUUUUAAAAAUGUUCUUUUUUCAAACAAAUCUUGUUUGAUAUUGUAUCUUACUAUGGUCUUGAUUGCCUUUGAAAUGUUAAAAUUGCGUCAUUUAAUGCUGCGUAAAUCGUAUAACAGAUUGCUGAGAUCGUGUCCAUAUUUUUAGAUCUCUACCAAAUUCGGUCACUGCGUCAAAAAAAAAAAAUAUUUUGGUGCUGUCUAAAAUUGUGAAUCACACAAAGGUGUGCACUUUGGAUUUUAUUGCAUUUUCCAAUGGGUUUUUAUUUUGUAAAUAUAUUGAUUAGCGUCGGCCCUAGCGGCGACUGUAUGUUAUUCAUCGUCAUUCAAUAAAACGACAAUCUUUU